CAAAAUGACAAAUGGAGAAAGACGAGAAUUUCUCAUACUGUGUUAUUCAUUUUGACAGCUUCUUAGAUUAAAAUGUAAGUAACGUUAAAGCUCAACUACUAAAAAUCAGUUGUUUGACCAAAAAAGUCAUGUUUUCACCAAUGUGGGUUGUUUUUACCAAUGUUGGCUGACCUGUUUGCCUAAGUAGUCACGUGACGAAGUACUCAGUUUCCAAAAGAAAACUUUACGUCACGUGACCCAACAGUACGCAUGGCGCCGAUCUCCGAAAAUACUUCUGGAGUCUGUGCGGCAAUGACGGGAGGAAUCCUAUUCUAAAACUGCGGAUUUACUACAAAAGCGACCAAGGAUUUUCUACGAUGGAGGCUUGGCGAUCCGGUGUCGUCUCCUGUUGGAUGUUUUUGGCGCUGGUGGUGUUUCUUUGCGGGGAGAGCUUGGCAGCCUCUUUCUACGGUGCUGACCACAUCCACGUGAAGAUUGAUGAUGCCAACAGCCAGACAGACUGCUACCUCCGCUUCCGCACCAGCCAGAGGAACGGCCUGGUCCUGCUGGCCGAGGGGAAAACCGACUAUCUCAUUGUGGAGCUGAACGCCGGGAGGGUCAGGAUCAGGAUAGAUCUGGGAGGAGGGGAGGUGCUUCAGGAGUCCAGACCUGGCAUUAGGGUCAACGACCUAGAGUGGCACGAGGUCAAGGUGAAACGGCAGGCCGAGAAGGUGUCGUUGAUCGUGGACCAAACGUACACAUCAACAGUGAACACGCCGGUGGGGUUCUACGAACUGAACAUCCACAAUGGCUUUUAUGUGGGCGGGGACGGGACACACCACUCACGCUACCUCAGUUCGUCACAGCCUUUCAGAGGAUGUAUUUCUGAUGCAACGUUCAACGGCUAUAAUUUGCUUAGCUCCCUUGUGUCGAGCGAGGAAAGGAUAGUUUCAGGCGUCACAUCUGGUUGCAGCAGGGAAUUCUUCGUGACGUCAGAAGACCCUGUGUCUUUUUUAAGUGACACAUCCUAUAUUGCCCUGGAAAAGUGGAGUUCUGUAGAGUCUGGCUCCUUUGAAUGCGUGUUCAAGACUGUUGCCAAGAGUGGGAUUUUACUGUACGGCUCUGGUGCACCUCUCAGUUCUGACUUCAUCGCAUUGGAACUUAAUGGAGGUCGGGUGAACAUCCUAAUGGACAAGGGAAAUGGAAUGAUUGAAUUUGCAUCCAAAUAUUACAUUAGCGAUGGAGUAUGGCACAGCAUAGAGUUUAGGUUUACAGCGACAUUCUUUGAGUUGACUAUUGACUAAAGAUCAACAAACGUGAAGUCACAUUGCGGGACGCGCUUGCUACAGAGAGUCUGGACAUCGUAUGUGCUACUCCUGAGUUUCCAACUGUACCAACAACUGUAAUGUCCUCCACAGUUUCACAGGAAGAGGCCCGUGCAGAAAUUUCGGACAGCUAUAUGACAAUAAAUCCUCUUUCUGUGGAAGAAGGCGGGCAAGCUAGUCUUAGUACUGACAACAUCAUGAUCAAUGUUGAUCUCAAGAGCAUUGGCAUUCGGUAUUCUGGAGUUCUUAUCAGAGUUAUAAAGCCACCAAAGCAUGGAAAAAUUGGUCAGAAUGUUGCUGGAAGGACAGCAAGCCAACAAUUCACCCUUUUGGACCUAGAAAACGCGUUUAUUUACUAUGAACACGAUGGAACUGAGACCAGAAAGGACAGGAUUCACUUCAGACUGUUCUUUCUAGCCAAUGAAGACAAAGUUCCACCCUCCCUGCUUCGUGAGGAGGGGUAUGUGAUAAAGAUAGAAAUCACUCCAACUAAUGACGCCCCAGAAAUAAACUUGCCAACAGAUCCAGACAAUGUGUUCUCACUGAUUCAGAACACCAAAAGGACUGUGACUCCAGAGGUGUUAUCAGCAGAAGAUCCUGAUUCAGAGUCUUCAACACUUGUCUUCUCUGUCCUUAACAGUCCUGUGCAGCAGGACAACACUGGUUACUUGGAACGGUCAGACAAUCCAGGUGUAAGUAUUGACACUUUUACUCAGGAAGACAUAAACUUGGGCAAAAUCUCUUAUGUACAUCAGGGACCAAAACACUCGAGGCUGGCCCUCCGAGUGAGUGACAAAGACAAAGUUAGUAGUACUGCAGUAUUGCGUAUUAUUGCAUUAGAUUUAGAACUGAAGGAAAAAGUCAACCUGGGUGUGGAGGUCAUCCAUGGAGACUUCUCUUUCAUCACACCUGACAUUCUGUCAUUCGAAACCAACUCACCAGAGCAGGAUUUGCCAAUUAGGUAUGAUAUCGUCAAGGCGCCACAGCAAGGUGAGUUGCAGAGGUUGCAGUCAGAUGGUGUUUGGAGACCAGUUACAUCCUUCACACAGAAGAACAUGCAGAGGAAGAAGGUCCGAUACUACAGCUUGGACCCUCUCCUUGUGAAGAACAAGUUAGCCACAGACAGCUUUACUUUCACAGCAACCUGCACGGGGGUGAAGAGUGAAGAAUUUGAUUUUGAUGUCAGAAUACCUCCUGUUAAAAUCAAACUCAUGCAGAAUGAGCAAUUGGUGUUAAAGCAUAUCAGAGAGAAAGCACUUUCUAGUAGGAAUCUUCUGACAGUCCUGGAGAAUAUUGCCUCCUUUGACCCAGAUAAUGUUUUCUACACUGUGGUGAAAAAUCCUGAGAAGGGAGAGCUACAGAGAGUGUUUGGAAACUCAAAAGAGGUGGUAUCAGAAAGAACUAACUUCUCACAACUUGACAUAGAAGAAGAGAGAGUGUCCUAUGCCCUUGAGAGUACUGUAAGGACAGAGAUUAGUGAUUCAUUUGUUUUUCAAAUUUCUGCCUACGGUGCAGUGUCUUCUCUCUUUCAGUUCAAUAUCUCAUACAUUCCCGACCGUGACAGUAUUUUUGUAACCAACACAGGCAUGGUUGUGUCCGAAGGAGAAGGCAAACUUAUCAAACCCGUGUUUCUCAAAGUAGAAACCUUGAACACUGAUAGGUUUCGUUAUGCUGUAACCAGAGGUCCAAAACAUGGGAAGCUACAGUUGAUUGAUCCUAAGUCUGGAGAGGUUGCCAUAGAUAAGGUCCAGAGGUUCACCAAUCAGGACAUUGCCAAUCAGGCUGUAUUGUACAUCCAUGAUGAUUCAGAAAGUGGGGAUGAUUUCUUUUCUUUCCAAGCAGUCCCUGUUGCCGGACCUGCCAAGUCCACUUACAAUGACACAUUCCUGAUUUCCGUAAAGCUGAAAAAUGAUCAGGCACCAGAACGCAUUGUAAACAAGGUGGUGCAGGUGGUCACAGAAGGGGAAAAACUGAUAACGACGAACGAGUUGAAGUAUACUGACCCAGACUCUGGGUAUGACGACUCAAAACUUUUGUACUUUCUACUGGGAAUUCCCAAUGGAAAAGUGGUUUAUACCAAUGACACAAAUACACCUAUAGCUACAUUCACCCAGCUGGAUUUAGAGCAGAGAAGAGUGAUCUUCAGACACAGUGGUUCAGCGUACGGCAGGGGGGUGAUACGUGUAACUGACGGUCAGUUUUACUCCACGGGGCUACUUGAGGUACGUGCAUCAAGUCCAUUCAUUUCCAUUGUGAACAACACAGGAAUUGUUGUACAGAAGGGAAAUAGAUUGGCAAUCACGUCAGAUAAUUUGGCAGCUGUAACGAACAUCAAUGCGGACAGAGCUGAUGUAGUGUACGUGGUCACUUCUGGUCCUGCUGAGGGUAGGCUGGAGAAGGAUGGUAAAAAGGUAACAGAGUUCACACAAAUGGAUUUAUAUGAAACAAGGAUUGUGUACAAACAUUCAGAUGGAGAUGGGCUCAGGGAUGACUUCAACUUUACCAUAAAGGUCAAAGGAACAGAGGUCAAAGGCAACUUCAAGGUCAGAGCUUUCUUGGCGAGUUACCAAAAGCCACCAAAGGUUGGCUCUUUAAAACCUCUUGUGGUAAAAGAAGGGAAACCAGCCAUUAUAACCAGCCAGAUUUUAAGUGUGACACAUCCCGACAGCACGCCACAGGAGAUUGUCUUUACUGUUACUGAGGCACCAAAGUUUGGAUACCUGGAACUGAUAGAAGCCUUUACAGACUUUGACUACCAAGGAGAUGAAGCUGUGUCAGAAGAUGAAAGAAUGACAAGCUUUACUCAGCAGGAUGUGAAUGAUGGAAGGUUACAGUAUGUCCAAACUGCCACCAACCAGCUGACAGACAGAUUUGUCUUGGAUGUGUCCAAUGGUAUCCUGACAGCACGCGACCUGGUGUUUGAAGUAGAGAUUGUUCCCAAGCUGGUGCCAGUUGAGGUGAAGAACUUCACUAUCCGUGAGGGUGCGUCCACGCCACUGGUGGAGAACAUCAUCAAGGUGUCCAACAGGCACUUUGUAGGCCUGGCCUGGGUGUACGAGUUGUUGGAGGGACCAUCCAGUGGCCAGAUCGAGAGUACAAGAGGACCAGGUGUGGCUCUGAGGAGUUUCACCAGUGAUCAGGUGAGGAAGCAGUUUGUGUUUUAUGUGCACGACGGGGCAGACACGCUCCAUGACCAGUUCACCAUCCGUGCUAACGCGACAGACGGCAGCACCUACAGCCUCCCUCACACCAUCUACAUCACGGUCACCCCCGUCAAUGACGCGACUCCUCAGGUCCUGGUCAACAAUGGUCUGAGCGUGUGGGAGGGCUCCGUCACUGUUGUCACCACAGAUGACCUGAGCGCGACCGAUGCGGACUCCUCAGAUGAGAACAUCGUGUUUGAGAUCACAACACCGAACAACGGACGCAUGGCGCUGAGAUCCAAGCCGUGGAGGGAGAUUGUGAACUUCACACAGGCCCUGCUGGAGAGGGGAGAUAUCGUGUUUGUGCACACAGGUGCGUCGACCGGAGGCUUCCGCUUCCAAGUCAACGAUGGGAAGAACAUAGAUGAUCGCAAGAUCUUCACAAUCACCGCCAAACCCUUGGUUAUCUCACUUCAGAACAAUAAUGAGCUGAAGGCAUAUCCCCGGACUCGCCAAGUGCUUACCGUGCAGAACCUAAAGGCUGUGACAAAUGAUCGUAAAGGAAAUAGAACAAUCGUGUUCACGAUCACGUCGCCACCCAAGUUGGGGAAGCUUGUCAAAGUGCUUCCUGACAACAGCACCGUGGAUAUUUCCUCUUUCACUCAGGAGGAAGUCAACAAGGGAGUGAUCGCCUACCUGCACCGGACAUUAUCGGAGGACUCCUGGACACAGGUAGACCAAUUCAUGUUUAACGUUUCCUCUUCUCUAGCCGAUGCUAUCCCCGAACAAGCGUUUCAAAUUUCCAUCUUGUACAACAAUGGGAACGUGGUGAAUCAGACUGAACUGUCGGCAAAUAUUGGAUUAACAAUUACGGAGGGCAGGGGUGGUACAAUUUUGAUGGAACAUUUGGAUGCCUCAAACUUGCUACGACGUGCAGGAGGAGAACAGCUGUCUGAUUACAUUGUGAGAUACAACCUGACGAGUCUGCCCAGAAAUGGGGUCCUCAAACUCAAUGACCAAAAUAUCUCUAGACCUGUCAUGCUAACGCAAGGUAGAAUCAACCAAGGGCAGCUUAAAUACCAACAUGAUGAUUCAGACACGACAGCAGAUGUGUUUGAAUUCUCUGUUUGGUUGGAAAAAAAGGGGUUGGCAACAUUACAAGAGCAGGCUGUGCUGAAGCAGAAAACAUUGGUGUCUGAGAAGUUCAAUAUCAGCAUCUCUCCAGUGAAUGAUCAACCGUUUAAGCUGUUGACCAAGAACCCCUCCCUCCAGGUUGUUCAAGGCUUUAGUACCACAAUCACUUCUGAGAACUUAAACACAGUUGACGCUGACAAUCCUCCCUCAGACAUCAUUUACAGAAUAAUCAAUGGGCCAAAUAAUGGUUACCUCGCAUUCUUGCAAAAUUCAUCAGAAUCCAUCAGGACUUUCAGCCAAAAAGACAUCAAUGACGGAAAAUUAGUCUAUAUUCAAGAUGGCACACCCUCGAGGGGUGUGUUCUACUUCCAAGUUUCUGAUGGAGUCCACAGGCCUCUCUUUAAGCUGUUUAAUCUUGUUGUUGUGCCCGUGUCGGUUUCAUUGGUCAACAACACGGGAGCAAACAUCCUGCAAGGUAGCAAGAGUGUGGCUAUCACAAGAAAUCAUCUCAGCGGGUACACUAACGGCAAGAGAGAGAACAUCAUGUUUCAAGUUUUAUCCCCACCGAAAUUCGGUAGCAUCAUGUUAGAUAACGUAACUGUGUCGAGGUUCAAACAAGUGGAUGUGGACAGAGAAAAAUUGAUGUAUGUCCAAAGAGUAUUAUCGGAGGGCAUGGAUAGUUUCAAGUUCACCAUGUACUCAUCUGACAGUGUCCUCUCUAAUCAAACAUUCAAUAUAACAGUUGCCCCGCGUUUGAAGGUCAAUGAUCAGAAGGUUACCCUGGGGGGUUGGGUGCACCUCAACAAGGACUGGAUAGAUGGCAGUGAACUGGAAAGCUUGACAGGGUCACCCCCAAAGUUUCGAGUUAUUGACGACCCCACAUAUGGUCGGCUGGUGGACUCAGCUACAUUUGUACCCGUGUCAGAGUUCACCCAAAGGGACCUGGAGGCAGGAACUGUCAUGUUCCUGGUAAAUAUGGUGAACAUAACGAAUAAGGCCAGCAUCACGGACAUGUUCAGUCUGCUGGUGGCUGCCGACGGCGUGCAGCCGGCCGUAGCAAACGUCCGUGUCAAGUUGUUACCACCCAAAGCACGGUCUGAAGAGCUAGAAAGCACCACGAAUGCAACGUUCAAUGAUUCAAGCGUGACAGACACGUACCCCGUUGGUUCUGUAACAGGUGUUGAUACAAAUCUUAUUAAUGAGGACUCAGAUAUUACAGAUGGAGUCUUUAAAGAUCCAAAUGUCAUUAACAGAGGAGGUAAGCCCAUACAAGAUGGCGUUGACGAAUUCACACAAGGGAACAUGCCAAGAUCAACAGAGCCUUCGGUGGGGUAUGGGCAGAACACUGGUAUAAUCAACCCUCGCAUCAGACAUGAUAACCUGGCUGUCGUCAUCCCUAUUGUUGUCAUAUUAGUCCUCCUGAUUCUGAUUGUCAUCGCACUUGUCGUUUUUCGUAUGAGAAAGAGGGACAAAAGGAGAGAAGACCUUCCAGAUGGAGUCGUGUCCAUACCUCCACUGAAUCCAGAAAGCCCAGAUAAACUUGGCUCUAGCCCACCCAUGCUUCACAGAGGCAAGAUGAAGAGCGAAAAAGUCCCUGAAGUUGUUCCCAUGCACACGACGUUCUCAUCAAAACCAGAGUGCAGUCCGACAAUGCCGUGUGUCAAGGUCACCCCACUGUCAGGUCCAGGGGAUGAUCACAAGCAAAAAGCGGGUUCACCAAACGGGAUUUCCAUGACCAGCUUGUCAUCGGGAAGCGAGAAGCUUGGUUAUGACUGGAGUGGGGUGGACCCAGAACUGGUGUCCCACUGCAGAACAACAGCACCCACACUCAAAAGGAACCAGUACUGGGUAUGAGGCAGGGCAGGACAGUAGGACAGAGAGGUAGGGGUAGAUACAUUCCAUGGAACAAUGUCUCAAGUACUAAAUGCUGUUUGUUACACCAGGUCCUGUUUUUAGAAGUUAUCUCUCAUUUUAUAUGCUAUAAGUACCUAUUCAUUUAAAUUCCAAAGUGUAAAGUUAUUGCAAUGCUAUCUCUUUGUUUUGCCAGUAAGACUGUAGUUGAAGUAAGCAUGCUAUUGAAAUAAUGUGCUGAUAUGUUAGUAAUAGCCCUGUUGUUAGAGCUGAUUAUUAUGACAUGUUGUAUGUACAGUACUUCCGAGCUACAAUCAGGAUUGAUUUGUGUAGUUUUGUUGUUUCAUAUUUUGUCAAGAAAAUUAUAAAGUUCACAGUUCACACCACAUCAUGAAGGAAAAUUAUUCUUUGACUCCCCCAAACUAGCAGUGGUUUGCAUCAGGAAUGGUGUGGUAUUCAGGGAGGAAGCGAGAGGCAUGCUGUAUCCAGUUUUAAAAAAAAUGUGAGCCUCUGUACAGGUCCCAAAGUUUUUAUGAAGACUGUCUUGAACCAAUAUACUUUGCAGUGCCUUUAAUCUGAGCUCUCUUCUACAUUGUCCCCCAUCUUCUCCAAUGCUCUCCUUAUAUGCUGACAAGGAUCUCUUUUCUUGCUUAUAAUAUAUUCCUACCAUGCUGUUGAAAGUGGUGAAUUGGAUUGGAUAUGUAUCUGCACUAUACUAUUGUGGAUUAACAGGCCUCAACACACAGACAGAGGGAGCUACAAACCACAGGACAUUAUAGUGCCUGGCUCCAAGCCAAACCUUGUUUUUAUUAUAGGGAAAAGAAACAGAAGAAAAAAAACUUACAUGACCCGCUCUGAUGAACAAAACAAUCAAUUGAAAUUUAAUUUAACAUACAAUGUAUAAAGUUAGCCAUCUGUGCUCCAACUUCUGACCUUGCAAACUGUUGUACCAUCCUUUAAAAACAGCUUUGGCCUGUACAUGACUAUGAAAGGUAUUGAAAUGUAGGUGCACAUUACUUGUCCCAUCUAUCAGGACUGUACCCAAUAUGUCCUGCUGCACCGUGAUUCUCUCUUCAUGGCCUAAGCAAGAGAUGGAGGGAGGAGGUAUGCCCUCCCUGGCAGGGAUGUAUGCAUGAAAUCAGAAAACACACCUUAUUACGUUUGGAAGCAUUGGGUAGCCAAGGAUGGUGGAAGUCGUUAGGGUUCCAUUUGGGAGGGAAGACGACCAGAUAUGGAAACUUCGGCAAACAUGUUGGAAUUGUACCUAAUGGCCUUGAAAGAAGCUGGAAGGCUUUGGAAGGCUCGGUCACGGUGGUGCCCGAUCAAUCAGUCUCCUCCAGCUGGAUCAAGGUAAUACUCCAGGGGAAUCAAUUCCACUGCAGGAAUCAUGCUACAUGGUCCAACCUGUUACACAUUACCAUCAGCAGACCGAGGUUGAAUCCACUUCACUGCUGGAGGAUGCAAUUAAUAACCUUUACACAAUGGACUUAAAGAAUAUAUGCACCCCACACAGUGCUGGUAUAGAUUCAGCAGCAAAUUCCAUAUGUCAAUCUUUAUUGCAUCUAUUAAGAAGAAAACACAAACAAUCUGAGUUUCCUCAUGUUCACCUGUUAUCUUUGUGACAAAAUGUUUUAAUCUCAAUAGUGCAUUUGAUAUAGUGUGCCUUGGUAAUUCUGUAUCAUCAUCAUAGUUAAACUGCAAUGAUCAUUGAGUUAUUGAAGUACUAGACUAGUUAAGUUGUGCAGAACAUUUCACAGGAUAAAGCUCUUGAAUAUUGGAUCACAUGUGGUCAAAAUCAAAUCCAAACUUUUUCUUUCCCCUCUCCUCAACAAAUUUCAAGACUUAGUAUUUAGGGAGAUUUGAAUCAUAUUUUGAGAAAGAAAGAUUAUCGACUACCAGUUUCUAAUCUGCAAAUCUCUGUAAGACAAGCAGAGGGUCAGCUUUGGCUGUUUUUUUGCACGUUUUAGCAUUAUGUUGGGCUUUUUAUUUAUCCCAUUUUCUUCAUGAUCUUCAGACCUAAAGAAAAUGGGACAGAAUAGAAAGCACAGCAAAACCGCCUAGAAACAUGUCACAGCCUACCUCUACUUGAAGCAUACUGUAAGACUGUUUUUUCUGAGAACUGUAAAGUUGUUUCUUACUGUGAACAGCUGCACAAUAACAUAUUUAUAGUACUGUGCACUGUGUCUUCCCCAGAACAUUACCAACUUGUGACGAAUGGCUGCCUUAAGGUGCUGGAGGUUGCUUUCCUGUUGGGAUUACCUAACCCUGCAGACACAAAUGAAUGUCAAAUGCCAAUGUUACAAACAUCUAUAAUUCAGGUCCCAGGCUUCUGCUAAAGUAUUCAGACUUCACCUGAGGCUCAAAAGUGCUCCAGUGUAGCUGUGAAGAUACCAUGUCAGAGAGAAGAAAAGUCUAAAGGCUAUUAUUGAUGAAGUUUUAGGCUUCUUUAUUCCCAAAGGAAAUAGCAAUGGCUUCUUUUCGCAGUCUGUAAUAGGGAGGGCCCUUAUGCAGGUAACUAAUGGCUCCUUGAAGGUUUAAACUUUCCUUGGCUGUAUUGUGCACAGAUAUUACAUAUUACAUGAUGGCUCAGUGUGUUUCUGCAUUUACCUAUAUUCAGCACAGUGAUGUAUGACUCUUUACUUUUAAGUUCUCUGUUUUUUCUUUACAGUUGGUAACAAAUGGUACAGGCACUUCUAGGAGAAGAAUAGGGUCCUUUAAGUAAGAUCAAGAUUUGCACUACGUUAUACUGGUGACCAAGUCAUACGUUAUACUGGUGACCAAGUGCACUGUAAAUGCAUUUAAAUUCGCGGGGACUUACUUUCGCUGUAGCGGGGAAAAGUUCGCGGUGGUUUUAAGUUCACGGUAGCACCAUGCUAUGCAGUCUCUUACUGCCAUAGAAAAAUGUUUGCGGCAGUUUUAAGUUUGUGGUGAAGUGUCCAUCGCAAAAACCGCAAACAUAAAACCACCGCGAACGUUUCUGCAUUUACAGUAUGUUUUUCUGAAACAAGGCCAUUAUCGAAAAACUCUUGGAUCCAUUUCUCAGACAACAUCUCAUUUCCUGUUAACUAGACAGAUCGGUUCCAAUCUCUUCCCUCGGACCGCUCCUUUUGUUGGAAAAUAGGUCAGCCGUGAUGCAUGGAGCACAAUGCAUUAUGGGUGGAGUGAUGGAGAUUGAAUGGAGAUAUGAAGUUGGCCCAGGAAAGGAACAAAAGGUGUUCCACUGCAGGAGCAAAUCCUAUUGAACUAUAGGUGAGACAAACAAUGGAAGAUUGGAAGGAACAUCCAUUGUAAUUGUAGAUAGUAAAAACAGCAGUUGCCACAUUUACACCAUCGCAUGGAAAUGUAACUUUGAAACACACUUCCAGUGUUUCUACAUGUAUAGAAAGUGCUAAGAAAUGGCAUUUGCUUUAGCAAGAGAAAUGUACUGCCAAAGGCAGUUUGGAAUUUCUUACAUUACAAUUGUUUUCCAUAUUUCUGCAACACUUGAAUUCCUCAAACUGCAAUCUUUUUUUCUGGAUUUCUGCAACACUUUUGAUUCCAGAGGUAUAUUGCAGUCAUUAUGCUAUAUAAUAUAAAUGAAGACAAAAAGUGAAAUGUUCAGUCCCCUUUUCCCUCAAGGACAGCUACAUGUAUUGGGAUUUCAUGGCUUGUUAGGCUGAAAGGUUUCAAUUGUGGGUCUAACUGUGUAUGGCUUCAAAUUUCGAUUCGCUACAGUGGGAUAUGGGCAUUUAAGAUGAUUGCUAUUGGGUUGGCUUUGUAUUCUGUAGAAUUUCUUUACUCAGAAGAAGUGAUUUUAUUGAAGUAAUCUGUGGUAAAGAAAAUCUUAGGAUGGUAUUUGGAAAUGGUCAGGUGAACUUUUGGAGAGGGAAGCAUUACUGGUGUAAUAAUCUGGGGGCCAUUUAGGGAUAUUGAUCCAUAGGAGAGCUGGGCCCCAAGGGUAGCACACACAGUGGAUUGCACAUUACCACAGGAAAGUUUUGUCAACCUGUCAAAACGAGAUGCAAUUACUGCUAGGCUGUACCCCAGAUUUUUUAUGCGGACUCAGAUGCCCGCUCCAAAUUAUUCUUUCAGUUUGACUCAUGGAAGAUGGUGUGCGUGCGAUGAAUGUGCUGGAAAGUUCUGCAACUGCUCUGCGGGCAAUGGAGAAUUGAUUUUUCCCACCCAGCAGGAAAAUGGCAUCAAGUUUCUACAUGGUUUUCAUGGUAUUAAGAAACCAUUGCUGGAUGUAGUGUCCCUCUAUUUAUAGGAAUUUCACUCAGGAAGAGUUUCUAGAGAGAAAAGUUCUGUUUUUGAUUCUCACAAAACGAAGAUAUCCUGUGUAGAUCUCUUUAUUUCCCCCAAAGGGUUCAAACAGCCACUGAUCCUAAGCUUAUGGAAGACUUCAAAAUUGGUGAUGGCCAACCUUAGCCUACAUUUAAUUCCCCCAGAUGCAACAUUAUGACAAGUGAUGGAUAUUGGCCUAGCUACAGUUGUAUGAUCUCAACCUUAGAUCAGUACAAAUGUCCUUCUUCCUUUCCACAUCUCCAUGCAUGGGAAGACAUGAAACAGCCCUUGUGGCUCUCUGUUCUCCUUCCCAUGUAAAAUUGAUGCUAUCACUCAUAUGGGAAGAUAUAAGGUCUUUGCUUGAAUUGCUUUCUCCAGGUUUAAUGCCAUUAGGGAUUGAAACCUGAUGAUGAUACAUGACACCGUGUUUUAUUAUAAUGACACGGUGUUAUGAUCUUGUUUAUUUGAUACUUUCCACUGUAUUGAUGAUUAAAUGGACCUGUCACAAUCCCAAAUACUUUGGAAUCGAGGUACACCCAUUCUACGUGACAUACAAGUUAAUGAUGAUUCAUGUGAAAGAAAUGCACAAAGCCACAAUACUUGGCUCAGAUUAUUUCAAUGGAGAACAUUUCUGUAGAAUAUCCAUAAUAUAGCAAUGUGCCAUGAUUAGGGGUGGGUAUCGGUACAGAAUAUUCAGGUACAGUUCAAAUCCAGAGGAUCAUGUCCCAAACCUGAACCUGGACCUAAUUGUGAAAACUUGUCAGUGGGCAAUACUCAAAACAGUGGUCCAAUUUUCUACAAAAGAAUGUAUUUUGCAAAUGUAAGUCUGACUGUAGAAAUGACUAUAAACUCUACUUUUCUUGUUGUUUUCUUGAACCGGUAAUAUAAGGGCUAAACCAUUGUAAACCCCUGCCGAUAUGAUCUGGUCAUUUUCUGCUUGGUCCAAAAUCCGGUGCACUGAUUUUUUUUAGGUCCACUGACCAGUCAAAAAAA